AUGGAUCUCUCCAUGAUCCUCAGCCCCGCCUUCGAGGAGGACGGGUCCGCCGCUCCGCCUCAGGCCCCGGCCCCUCCGCAGCCUCAGCCCCAGCGCGAGCGCGGGCCGAGCCGCAAGUGGAGCGCCGACGAGCUGCAGUGCGCCGUGGCGAUCCUCCAGGACUUCCAGCAGCCGGCCGCCGAGUCCCCCGCGCCCUCGCCCCACGACGUCCGUGGAAGAGGGGCUCACGCCCAGCGCUACUACGUCAACCAGGGCAAGCGCGAGCAGGAGGCCGUGGACGUCGUCGAUGUUAAGCCAGGAUUCCCUCGUUCGGACGACGAGGUGCAAGCGGCAGCUGGCCGCGAGGAUGGAAAGGAGAACAACCUGGCCGAGGCCCAGCAACAACAACAACAGCACCAACAGCAGCAGUCGUCCUCCUCCGCCGACGCCGCGGCGGCGGGAGGAGACGACCUUAUGUCCAAGCUGGACCUGCUGGUCCAGGCGGACGCCAUGAUCAAGCGUCGCCGCCCCAAGGCCCCGUCGUCCCCCACGGGUGACAAGCCGCAGCAGUAUCUGCGCAGCGGGAUCUGGUCUAGGGCCGAGGAGGAGUACGCUGCAGCCCUCGUGUCCUACUUCCUGGAAGGCCUCCUGGAUCUGCCCGAGGGCAUGACGCUCCGCAAGUUCCUCGCCGAAAAGCUCUGCUGCAACCGCCGCCGCGUCUCAAUGAAGCUCGGCACCGAGUCCCUGGCGGGGCAGAAAAUCCCACGCAAAGUUGGCGCCUCGGUAUUUGUAGCUGCCCAACCUCCUCCCAGCAUUGAAGUGCGUGAGGAGGUUGACCGCGUGCUAGCCAAGCUCCGCGAUGCCAGCUUCAGCUCUGGCGUAUUAAACAGCCACUAUAUAGACGACAUGAACGACGGACGCUCCCACCGAAAGCUCCUUAAGCAGGACGACUACGACGAGGACAGCUACGGCCACCACAGUUACCACCAGAAGUCGUCAGCGUACGAUAGCAAGAGGAAAGGGACGCGCAAAGGCCUGAAGCUCAAGCGUGGCAAGCCCACGAUCAUCCGUACAGGGUUCGAGUCACCUGAAGAGGAGGAACUGGUCUCGUCACUCUUCGAAUACUUCAUGGCCGGCAUGCUUGACCUCCCUGAAGGCACCCGACUUGUGACCUAUCUGUGCCAGCAACUAGGCUGCACGCCAAAGCAGCUCUCGAUGAAGCUAGCCCCGCAGCGGAUGGGCGAGCAAAAGUUUCCGGACAAUGUCGGCUCCAUCACGUACCAGCGCAAGGAUGCAGAACACGCAUCGGAUAGCUCGGACGACGAGGACUUCUCCGAGGAGCUCUUCGAGGUAGAGAGCCGCCUCACCGAGCUGCGUUUAGCCCGCGAGGAGGCGCACAAGAACGCCCUUCCUCCGGUGGCGACCCCCGUCAAGAGCGAGCGCAAGUCCAGCGUGGCAAGUGUCUCCAGCACGGGAACAGCCAGCAUUGCCAGCACGCCGACCGCGAGUCCCGUGCGCUACUUUCGCCGUAGCGGCCCAUGGUCUCACGACGAAGAGGUGUUCGCAGCGGCCCUGAUUGACUGUUUCUUUAAGGGGAUCCUCGACAUCGCUGAGGGCACCACACUCCGCGCUUUUCUGUCGGCGCGGUUGUGCUGCAACCCGAUGCGCAUCUCCAAGAAGCUCGCCAGCGAGUCCAUUGCGGAGAUCCGCAUCCCAAAGAAGCUGGGGUCUUCUACCUACGUCCGUCACGGUGGCGUGACGAUGGAAGAGCAUCUGGAGGCGGAGGAAGCUUUGCAGAAGCUGCAGGACAGGUACAUGAACUCAAGUACGACAAAGAGCCGCCGCAUGGUCGGCUCCAAGCGCCCGCGUCAAUCUCGCGUGCGUCGCCCUCUGGUCUCCGCUAUCGGAACGGACUCGGACACUGAGAUGGACUCCGACGAGCACAGCGGCGCGUCACACCGGGGAAUGAGCCCCGAGAAGCUCCAGAAGACAGCGGAGGCGCACUCACCAGCCCAUGAAGCCCGGAGGCAAGGGUUCCAAGUGCCCCACGCUGCUCCUGAGCUAGUGGUGCCAGCGCCGCUCAAGCAGCAGCUGGCGUAA